GAUAGAUGGUUUCAAAAAUUAACUUUCUCUUCCCAAUUCCGUCUCGGUUAUUUGGUAUGGAAAAAGGACAAAUGUUUCUCCAUCGAUCAUCACGUGAAGCUGAUAGCAGAACCGGAAAAGGCAAGCCUCGAGCAUUUGUUAGAAGAGUUGCAAUGCCGGGAUUUUGAAGUGGAUCGGUCUCCCUGGGAAAUUCUGGUAUUGAUGAAUGGGAAGAAGACGACUUUGAUCAUCAGAUGGCAUCACUGCCUAGCCGACGGACCUGGCAUGAUCAACGGGAUAAUCAGACUCAUCUUGGACGAUAAUUCUACCUUUCCAAGGAGCAAAAUUCCAGAGAGAAUGGCCCCGAAUCUCAAAACGUUCUUUGCAUUCCUCAAAAGCAUGUUCUACUUCCCUACAAUCUCACCGUGGUUAUUUCUCAUCCCAGAUGGAAAUUGUCUUUCGGUGACCAAUCCGACCAAGAGGAAGAGAGUUUUCUUUUCGGAUCCGUUGCCCUUGGAUCCAUUAAAGUGUAUCGCCAAAAAGUUUGCCUGCACUAUCAACGACAUCUUCAUAUCUUGCGUGAUCCAGGGAUACAAAAAGACUCUGUUGGGGCCCACAGACACUUUAUCGGUGGCAAUUCCCGUCUCCCUGCAUAGGGAUCCGCCUCAGAUCUGCAAUCGCCUGAGCGUUGUCCGAGCCCCGUUACCGGUGGCUUUCGACGGCGAAGUCCGCAUCCGCGAGAUCCGCGAGAUGACUCGCUGCAUGAAAGCAUCGCCUGACAUCCACUGUGAUUAUACCAUGCACCACAUCAUGUCCGACGUACUUCCCUCGUGGUUGUCAAAAUCAAUCCGGUUAGCGAAGGUGGCCGGUUGCGUGAGUAACGUGGCUUCCCUCGUGCCUCCCAAUGCCCGGAUUCAGGAUCAUCCAGUCUCCACCCUUUGUGUGUUCGCACCACCGAUCCUGGACAUUGAUGGCCAUUACGUUGGUGAGCAUAGGGACCAGCUAUCGCUUCGCCAUCAUGGCCGACCAGAGCGCUUUCAAGAAAUCUGAAGAUGCGAGGAUUUUCCUGGGGACCAUGGUCAACCACGUCGACGUCCUCUUGUCUGCUGCAGGAACCUUCCGAGAGAAAAAUAAUCCUUCGACCCCUUCGUUCAGCUACAUCGUUCCUAUUAUCAAAUACGGUAUGGAAUCCGGGAUGAUGCUAAAGGAAUCCCUGCGAAGCCCCUAGGGAGGACGCCCGAAGGCACUGAAGGCGCAGCGAGAAAGUCAGUGGAUUCUCUUCAUUUUGUGUCAUCAUUUGAUAUCACUGAAAUAGAGGCAUUAUUCUUGUAUGCAUCCUAUUCCUCAUCACUAGAUGCAUCACUGAAGCAC